AUGCCUCCCACCGGCUCGUCCUUUACGGCCUUGAAUCUGCCUUCAACGUUUUCACUGCCUCAAUGCAUGGAAUACUUCACCCUUACCGCCGGCCCCAACACUGAUCUCUGGCGAAAACCUCCCAACGGAGACACAUCGACCGCCCCGAUAGUGUUCACCUCGUUGCGAAAUGCGUUUGUCGUGGCCGAGGUUACCGUCAGCGCCGACUGGGAGAUGGAAUGGGAUCAAGGCGGGCUGGUGAUCUUCGCCGGGGCUGCACCCCAGUCUUUCUCAUCGGACAGUCCCGCCUUUGCAUCGCCCACGCGAUCGGGCCGGUAUGACUAUGGACGACUAUCGGAAAGCCGACCCUGUAAAUGGGUCAAGGCAGGCAUGGAGUUCUCAUCAGGGACACUCAACGCAUCGUCCGUCAGCGCAACGGCGGACGGGGCAGAUUGGUGCCAGUCUCCGCUGUGUCUUCCGAAUACCGGGUCGACGACGACGGUCCAAUCACUGCGCAUCAAAUUGGAGCGCGUUGGGUAUUCGCUCUGGAUCUGGUACCAGGUGCCCUCCGCAUCACCGUACGCACGAACUCCGGGCGCCGUGAGCAGCACAUGGCGGAAGUUGCGGGAAGUGACCUGGUUCUUCUAUGGGGUAGAAGACAAGUUUGUGCACGUGGGGGUAUAUGCGAGUCGACCGACUAGUAUUUCACGAGAGGGGACGAUGUGGGAGAUGAUGAAUGGGAGGACGUUGAGCAGUUCCGCGACGAGCGACACGGGCGAUGGGCUGAUGGUGGAAUUUGAGGAUUUGGAGAUAUUCUAA